AGCACAAUCCAAUCUGACUCCCAUAUUCUAGACGCUCCGUGUCCUUAGGUCACCCUAGAUCGUUGUCCUGAAAUACAUUACGCAAUCACUCUGGUAUGCCCAAUCAUGUACCUCCUUACAAACCAUCGCCAGACGCGACUGUUUAGUACGAUGUUGACGAUUGGCUGUACGUCAAGCUCAAGGCCCCCACAACGUAGUCCUUGUAUGCAGCCUAGUUCACGUUCAGGUCAUCGAAUAGGAAAAAGACUCGUUGUUCACUCGAUGGUGUCAAGGGCUAAACAGCUCGCAUGCUCUCCACCAGACAUUCUCCACUACAAAGUGUGGCAAACGGGGAGUACACACCGCUAUCAUUUUAUGUGAUCGUAAGGAAAUUAUCUUAGGAAUUAUCGGAUUUUCUGCGGAUUAUUUUCUGCCAUAUACAUAUUUCAAAGGGAUUCCCGCGACUUUGUUGCUUUGGCGGGCUGGGAGACUUCUUCAGUGCGAGGGAUAUUCAACACAAGGACACGACUGGUUGAGAGGAAGGCCCAGCCUGUAGGGAGACAGGCAGACACCAUACGGUCAUUUAACAUACCCUCGGUCACCAUACGGGUCAUCAUACCAGCAUGCCGUCAAGGAGGAAAUGUGCUCAUACGACCAAAAUCGAGCGGGUUCCUAGCUAUGCCGUCUACCAUGGCGAGGAGGACCUGGAUGAUCGACUUAGUAAUGACGGUACACUCGACCUUAGCAUGAAGAAAAUCAAAAUGGAGCCUUCCGAUGACAAUAUUGAGUUGUCUGGAGAAGGGAUGUACCUCGGGGAUGAGAACGAGGUGGGGGAUAUUGAUGCGGGAAUUUCUGGAAAAGUAAGUGGGUUGAGUGGGGAAGAAGUGCCAGAGGAUAUUGCGCCCCCUAGCGACCAGUGCGAGGCAAAUGGGAAAACGGGAGCAGACGACACAGUAAUUGCGGACAAGCCAGCUGGAAGUCAUUCAAGCAAACAAACCCCGGCCAGCGCCAGCGAAGGCAACAGUGAGGAGCAGAUUGUCAUAAAUUGCAACGGACAACCACUGAGCCCAGUUACAGGUCUACCACUCUUUCCUCAGUCGAAAGGAAAAUCAACCCGACCAUUUAAACUUUACACUUCAAAUCGUGAUCUUCUUUCUGGUAUAACAACUCAAGGAGCCUCUUCUCUCGCAACGUACUCCGUACCCGUGGCUCUGACACCAGCUGUACCGGGAGCCGUGCCCAUUACUUUCGCUUCCCUUCCCCUCGUAUCAGGCGUACCAAUGAUCCCAACUACGACGUCUCCCUCAACCACUACCUCCGCUUCAUCGUCCAAUGCAUCGACGGGCGCUGGUUCGACAUCGUCCUCCACCUCGUCUACCUCCUCUACUACCACUACUGUGGGUGCAAAGACUACCUCGUCGACUACCGAUGCUCACCUGAUGACGCUAGCAACAGAAGCAGACAAGAUCCUGCGGGAGAGGCAUGCCUCGGAGGAAUCAUCCACCGGUGCUACGUCGGACAUGGAGGCGACUACCGGCGAUACUUACAGCAGCAGCGGAGGGGAAGAAACCGCUUUACUUGCAGGGGAAGUUCUCAAAAUUCCCUCGUUGGCCGGUAAGUCGGGUAACAUGAACUCACUAACUUUCAUCCAGAAGCGAGCCGUUGAAGCCGCCCAGUCUGUCACGAACCCACCGAAAAACAAGAAAAAACGAUUAGCCCUCCCCGACACAUUGAAAGACAUUGCAUAUUGGGAGAGGAGGAGGAAGAACAACGAAGCUGCGAAACGAUCCCGGGAUGCUCGGCGGGCCAAGGAGGAUCAAAUCGCCAUCAGGGCUGCCCUACUGGAGCAAGAAAAUAUGCGCCUCAAAAUCGAAGUGUCAGCGCUCAAGGAAGAAACGGCCAAACUUCGAUCUAUGCUCUACGCAAACAACAAUAGUCAUGAUGACAGUUGAACAAAUUGUUUUGAUUUUGUUACGCUUAAAUUCGCUGCAUAUUUACUGUUUUCCCUUUUGUAAAUGAACUUUGCCGACCUCCAGCUUUAUCAUGGAUGAAAAUUCCAAAUUUCACAAUGAACGCCCCAAGUUCUUUACGGGACAUUUCAUGAUAUAAAUGCUGCAUCCAUUUAUCUUUAUAAUAUCAACCAGCUCUGAACAGUUAUUGCUACAUCUACACACUCUUGGAAUUCGACGCAUUUUCUAACGUGAUUCGUGUUUUUAUCGCCAUCGGUAUUCCCAAGCCCCCAACCAAAGUGUAUACUUUUGAACGUGAGUUCAGUUGCACAUUUUGAUAGCAACGAUAACGAAAUCAUGUUGUUUUUUGUAUUUUGUAAAAUGUAAAUAUUACAAAUCAUUGCCUUAACUUGCUAUCUUGUAAUGUAGUACGUAGACGAGGACUAGUCCUGUAGAUAGAGCGUACGUACUGAGCUGACUGAGCUACAUUAUGUAAUAUUGCUGCAAACAUUGCUAACAUGGGAUGUUUUUAUCAUGUGUAUGAUUCUAUUGAAUUUGUCAUAGCUCCUUUUUUGUUUAUUCAUGUGGUAUGCUAGUGACGUCAUUGUGUAUAUUGUGAAUAAGGCCAUCUCUCAUCUUGAUUCCACGAUGUUCUCCAAGAACCUCUUCAUAUCUGUACUUGUUAAUCUGUAAAUAUUUUAUUUUAGUAUACGCAUUUUUUUUUAAGUUCAUGUAACCAUAUAUACACAUAACUCACUCAAGUUCUUAGAACGACAGGAUUUGUCAAUCAAAUUAAUGUUCAUUUCUCUUGGCUUCCAUGUCCGCCUUACUACGUACCACAGUCUAUUAUUUAUUUCAUUCAUUCAUGAAUUUCACUCCUAUUUAUUGUGAAUAACCAUUCCAUAAAUGCUUUGAAGAUAUGUUGCAUAGAUGAAAUGGCUGUCUCAGAGAGAGUAAUUAUUUCAAGGAUGAAAAAGUAACUCACGUGAUUUAACAACCCUCUAUGUACUUUGAAAUGUCUUUUUUUUAACAAUUAACUG